AUGGCUGAGGACGACGGAGACAACGAUACGCAGACAGAAGAGGAGUGUUCGGAGAAAACCAGUCCCAAACUUUCCCCGGAGAAUGGCGAAACGGACAACAAAAGCACCCACACAUACAGCAACGCCAACUCCCCCGUUAGCCUGCUGUCCAACCAAGAAGCGGAACUCGAGUCCAGGCUCAGCGACUGCAGCGACCGACUGUCCGAUUUCAAACCAGCCUCUUCGCCGAUGGAAAUCCAACGCGAGGACGAUGCAAGCCGGGUUUUGAAAAGCAAAGAAGAAAAUAAUGGAAACAGCUUGGAGAAAAUGCGUGCGGCCUAUGCAAACUUCUUAUCCGACUCGUACUGGACAGGAGUAGAUUUGAAAGUAGCCAAAAGCGCGAGCAAAGCUAAUUGUGACAGCACGAAUGGAGGCGCAACCAAUACAGCCAAUAACAAUAAUAAUAAAGGAGAAUUUGAUUGGCACCAGGACGCGCUGUCGAAAACUCUGCAACAAACAGUCUCUCCCAAACCUACGUCGAAACCGAAUCUUUUCAGCUCCGUGCAUCUUUACCGCCAGAGUGCAAAGCCAUGCGGGUCAGUGUUCACAGGAGCUAGCCGGUUUCGUUGUAAGGACUGCAGUGCCGCUUACGACACGCUGGUGGAGCUAACGGUACACAUGAACAAAAGUGGCCACUACAAAGACAAUAAUCACAGCAAACAAGCUAAUAACUCCGCAUCCUCUUCCAAAUCACGGAAGCGCAACCUGCAAGAUCUAGAAGGCAAAGAGGAUGCGCAAAAAGUGUUAAAAUGCAUGUUCUGCGGCCAUUCGUUUGACUCCUUGCAAGACUUGAGCGUGCAUAUGAUUAAAACAAAGCAUUACCAAAAAGUGCCCUUAAAAGAGCCAAUCCCAGUUUUAACGCCCAAGUUAUUGCCUUCAUCGAAAAAGCGUGCUUUCGAAGUUGCAAGGCCGUGCUCUCCAGACUCCACGACAGGAAUUGCCGGUUUUACAGAUGCGCAGCGUGGAGCUAACACGUCAAACGCUAACAACAAUCGCUACGGCUAUCAGAACGGAGCAAGCUACACGUGGCAGUUUGAGACGUGCAAGUCGCAGAUUCUCAAAUGCAUGGAAUGUGGGAGCUCACACGAUACUCUGCAGCAGCUAACCACUCACAUGAUGGUCACUGGGCAUUUCAUCAAAGUGACAAACUCUGCUUCCAAAAAAGGUAAACAGCUUGCACUUGAUCCGUUGGCAGUUGAAAAAAUGCAAGGAUUAGCAGAACCGGCUGUGAGUGAUUUAGAUGGAGAAAAAGCUGUCUCCCCAAAAACCCCAAGUAGUGACAAAGAUAGCCAAGGGGAUAGUGCUUCAGAGAAAAUGGAGGAGACCAAAGAUGACAAGACACAGAGCGAAGAUCAAAAGCCGGCCAACGGGGCAAGAUUUAAAUACCCUUAUCUAAGAGAGGAAGAUUUGGAGAAGGAGUCAGGUGGAGGAGGGGACAUACUCAAGUCGUUAGCCAAUACCGUUGCCUCUGCAAUCAAUAAAGCGCAAACGGGAACACCAAGUUGGAGCGCAUACCCAAGCAUUCAUGCUGCCUAUCAACUCUCUGGCAUUAUCAAAAGCCCCCCUCUGUCAACCUCUCCGCCUGCCCAGCUAAAGCACACGUUUAACCACAAGCUGAGACCCAUCGCGCCCAAGGGAAAACUCGGCUCUCCUCCCCAGGGGCUGCAUCAAAACAUGGACAUCAAAAGGGAAAAGGUUGGCGAUGGUAAAGAAAUCCUAAAGUUUGAUGCGGGCGAGAACGAUGACAGCGAUUGUCAAGAUGAGGAGUCCUGCUCUUCGAAGCUGGACGUGGAUUGUGCGAACGAAGACGUGAUCAAAGGCAAGUUGAGCCCAGAUUUUACUGACAGGGGCAAGACGCCACCAAGUCCCUGCACUAGCAACGGCCGUGGCACUUCAGAGGCGACCAACGACACGGCGGAUAUGAUGGCAGUUAACCCUCUUAGUGCGCUACAGUCCGUCUUAAACACACAUCUAGGCAAAGCUAAUAAGCCCAACAACAAGUCCAGGCACGAUAAAUUAGCAGCUCACGCCCAAGCCAUUUUUGCUGACAUGAACCGUAGCAGCGAAAAACAAUCUCGAAUGCUCGGGAGUCCAAUGAGAAGAAAACCAGAUAAUCCAUUAUUUUUUGUCAACGACGACCAGCCGAUAGACUUGACAAAAUCAAAGCACAGCAAGCUUAGUUCUUCGCUGUUGCAACCGUCCACGCCAGUCCCUCAUAAGUAUGCAUUGUCUGACAUUGCAGACAUGGUAAAAGUCUUGCCAAAAGCCACAACGCCAAAGCCCUCGCUCCAAUCGCGACUCCCUACGAUGAAACUAGAGUCGGACGUCAGACGAUUCGAAGACGUGUCUGCCGAGCUCUACUCCGUCCACAAGCGCAAGGGAAGGCAGUCCAAUUGGAAUCCACGACACCUUCUUAUCCUACAAGCUCAAUUUGCAUCAAGCUUAUUCCAGACUUCGGAAGGCAAAUACUUACUGUCAGAUUUGGGCCCUCAAGAACGCAUGCAAAUCUCCAAAUUCACCGGACUGUCCAUGACCACCAUAAGCCAUUGGUUAGCGAAUGUCAAAUACCAGUUGCGGAAAACCGGAGGGACAAAGUUCCUUAAAAACAUGGAUUCAGGUCAUCCGGUUUUCUACUGUAAUGACUGUGCAUCGCAGUUUAGGUCGCCCUCUUCCUUCAUUUCACAUUUAGAAUCACAUCUUGGAUUCCAAAUCAAAGACAUGUGUAAAAUGCCAGUCGAGCACCACACAAAAGUGGAAGAGCCAGAACUGCCUAAGGCCCUGAGCGCCAGGCCUUCUCCCGAUGCGCUGAUCUCAGAAGAAGACAUUGACACAAAAUUCAAAUGUAAACUUUGCUGUCGGACAUUUGCCAGCAACCAUGCGGUCAAACUUCACUUGAGUAAAACGCACAGCAAGUCGCCUGAUAACCACUCACAGUUUGUAGAAAUGGACAAAGACUAG